AUGGACAGACCUCAGCGUCAGACUAUCAAACAAUCCUGUCGUAAUCUCAAGUCUAUUGAUAAUGACGAGUUUCGAAGAGAUCUUGUGAACUCUGACUUACUCCAAGACCCCCCGAAUGAUGUAAACCAACUUGCUGAGUUGUAUUCAUCCACAUUGUCAUCUCUCUUAGAUAAACAUGCUCCAUCAGCUCUGAAGGAAAUCAUUGUCAGAUCAGGGACUCCUUGGUACAAUGAGCAGGUUCUCUUAGCCAAGCGGAAACGCAGAGCUGCAGAGAGAAAAUGGCGGAAGAGUCGCCUUGAAAUUCACCGUCAGUUGUAUAAGUCUGAGCGGAACUCUUGUGCUAGGGCUCUUAGAGGAGCCAAAUCCAGUUACUGUACUAAGAAACUCUCUGACAAUGUGAAAAAUCCUUCCUUCUAUCACAAAUUCAUGGGAUCUCUACUUGGCAAGAAGAAUGAUACCCCAUUACCAUCGUCCACUAAUGACAAGGAUCUUGCAGACAAUUUUUCAGCCAACUUCUCAACGGCUUUCGACACAGUCAACCAUCAGAAGCUCCUCAGCCGUCUUCAGGAUGACUAUAACAUACAAGGGGAUGCAUUGGCCUGGUUCCAUUCCUAUCUGAGCACGAGGAGUCAGUCAGUUCUUGUCUCUGAAAGCAUGUCUGAGUCAACGAUCCUAGAGUGUGGUGUACCCCAGGGCUCAGUCCUUGGGUCGCUUCUCUUUGUGUUAUACACAAACCCUUUGGAGAAGGUCAUUGAUAACUUUGAUGUGAAUCACCACGCAUUUGCAGACGACCUCCAAUUUGAUGGAUUCCUUCAAACCAGAGGAUGUACAAAUAGCCAGAUCAAGGGUGAGGCAGUGCACGAAGGCAAUUAG